AUGAGCAUGGCAGAUUGGACACAACUCCCACAUGACAUCCUAUGGACGAACAUCUUAUGUAAAUUGAGUGUUGUCGAUCACUAUAGGUUAAGCCUUGUUUGCAAAUCAUGGAGGAGUGUGACAGUUGAGUAUAUCAAUGGUUACCCCUCCCCUGGUGCUCCUCCUUGUCUUAUGGUUCCAGGCACAGACAUCCUCCGCGACACUAAUUGUAAAACACGUCGUAUCCUAGUCUCUCCAGUAUUACUACCACCCAACAACAAUCACAUACCAAAGGUUGGAGUUCCUCACGUAGAUCUAUGUCGCGGAUCGUACCAAGGAUGGCUGGUUAUGAUAAACAACGACAUGGACAUGUACUUGUUGAAUCCUUUCUCCAGAAAACGUAUAGAUCUUCCUUCAGUGAUGACCUUGGAGAUGCCUUGCCCGAGGGAUCGAUUCAUGUGUAAGUGGCAAAUAAGCAAAGCCUUCUUAUCAACUACUCCUACCAACUCAAAUUGCUGCUUUGUCAUGGUUAUACACGAGGGUUUUAGAGAGUUUGCUUACUGCAAAGUUGGUCAUACGACUUGGAGACCAAUUAAUGGACCAGAUCUGACUGGUAAGCCAUAUUCAGUAUCUACUUCUGCUUACUGGGACGCAAUAUAUUUGAAGGGGAAGUUCUACGUGAUAGCAGGUACUAAAGUGAUUUAUGUUUGCGAUCUGGCUGCUAUUGAACCAACAAUGAUUGAAUAUUGUUCAGGACCGGAGCCAAGUCCUAAUUCAAGUCAAAUGUAUUUAGUUGAGUCAGGAGGAGGAGAAUUGUUGCUCAUCUUUCGAAUCUCCACACGUCAUUAUGACCUUAUCGAUGAUGAGCUAGAAUGUGUUGAGGUUCAUCUACGUCGGGCUGCCAAUAAAUCUACUGUGAAACGCAUAGAAAUACCAAGCAAACACAGUCGUUAUGAAGACGUAAUCGAUACCUACGAUUACGAAAAUAAUUUUCUACUGCAAUAUCAUAACCACCGAUUUGUAACUCAGUAUUUUGAAGUAUACAAGUUGGACACAAGAAGCAAAUCAGAGCCAAGCUGGACAGAAUUAGAAGAGAGUCUAGAUGGGGAGUCAUUGUUUGUGGGACUGAAUCAAUCCUUCUCCAUCUCAAAUCCGCGAUUAUUUGGGUAUAAGGAAAACCAAAUAUACUUCACAGAUAACGCUCUUACCACGCACCAAAUUUUUUGUUAUUCAGGUAAUGACAUGGGCGUGUUUGAUUUGAAGGAGUGCACUGUCGAAUCACUUGAUAUGAGACAUUUUAAGUAUACAACACCACCUCCCAUUUGGGUUAUCCCCAAGCCAUAG